CGCCCGGCAAACGAUAAGGUUUUGUAAAAAUGACAAAACAAUUUGUGGUCGAACCGGUUGUUAAUAAAUUGUAACAGCCAAUUACUAUUUCACAUAUAUUUUUAUCACAACAAUUAUUAUUUAACUGAAGUGUAUCAUAAUAUCGAGUGUCAUACAUAUUAUCAUAAUAUUAUAUUGUGCUCACCGACGCGCGCAAAGGUGCAGCUGCUUUUUACGGUUCGCACCAAUCACACCCGCGUCGUUAUUGCGGCAGGGCGUCGGUUUGGAUGUUUCGACUCGUUUUCGGUCUAUUAAUGAAAUCCCGGGUCGUGACGCGGUCGCAUAUUAUUAUUAUUAUUAUUAUUAUUAUAACAUGUACACUGCAAUGUGUGGGUAUGAAUGGUUGGUGUUAACGUUAUGCACCGCGAUCUAAACAAUAUUGCGCCCGUAUUGUUUAUUUGUAUAUUGGUAUUUAGAUCUUAUUAUUGACAAACGCGAGCGUGAACGUUGCGCGAUCGCAUCGAUCGGAUAUCGUGUAGAAAACGGAUUGCAAUUGACCCGACACGUACGUCGUAGAUGUUAUAAUAAUAUACUGAGUGAUGCUGCAACUAUACAGUCAUGCUCACCUCCCAUUUUUCCUUUUAAAAUAAAUUUAUUUAAAAUUUGAUUUUUGGGAUAUUUAAUAGGUAUUAAGUACCUAUAUACUAACCUAUACCUAACCUACCUACUUAGAGAAUAUUUCCAAGUUAUUGACACUUAUUUGUACCGGGUUGGUCUGUGCAGUAUAACAAACAUCUGAUUUUCAAACGAGGACCACUCCCCCCCCCUUUUUAAUGUACAUUAUUUAGCGGAUAACUUUUUUGAAAAUGUUGAUGUCCCUCAUCUCAAACGAUGAAACGUGUAUGCGUAUUUUUCUAUUAUUAAUACGUUUAUACUAAAAGAUAGUCCUUAAAAAUAGUUUUACCAAAAUAUUUAAAGUAUGUAAUAUUAGAUCUUCUACUGAAUCUAGUAUUUAUCCUGCAUAUAUACUUAGAACAAUUUUACAAAUUAAAAUAUUGAUAGAUAUUAAUAAACAAUAACUUAUAUUUUCAAAUCACCAUAGUCAAAGACUCCAAUCCCCAUGAAUCAUAAUUACUCCAAAACUAUUAUUGUGGACCUUAGCUCUAAAAGUUACGAAAACUUGUUCAAAUUUUUAUUUUGAAACAUCGAAUUUUCAAGAAAAUGUAUCCGCUAAAUAAUUCACAGUAGAACAUUGGGUUGUCAUUUGUAAAUACAGAAGUUUGUAUCUCCACAGGACAUUUCUCAAAUAUGUAGUGCAAACAAUUUCAAGAGUUUUAGGAUCUUAUAGUAUUUGAGUACAUAUUUUAAAAAGGUCAAAAAUCAGAUUUUGAGUAACUGCAGUAUCGAAGACAAAAGAAACGAAUCACUCUAUAUUAUACUAUAUAGUGGGUAACAUAAUAAUUAUAUUGUAUUAUAUUUAUCCAUUUCAAUUUCUAUUGCUUAUAACGGGUAUACAAUAUAAGUUAGGGUCGGCAAGUGGGUGGCAGACAUGGACCAAUUGCUAGUAAAACAAAAUUUGUAUUUUAGGGUCAAUAUAUAUUAUACCAAUAAUUACAUUGCCUAUAAUUUAGGCCAGUGUACAAAUUGCUUGUUUAUUAAAAAAAAAUUAGGAGCCCCAGAAGAUUUUAUGCUGCGGGCCCAUAAAAUCUUAGUUACGCCAUUGUAAUAUAGGUAAUACCUAUAAUAAUUCAGGUAUAAAGUAAAAAAGUAUAUCAUAAUCACAUUAUUGUGGUGUUCCGGUCGCUGCUGGUCGUAUUAUUAUGUUACACCUGUAUGGUAAAUGCGCACCACAUUGACCACCGACUAUGGAUUUGCGUCAAUUAUUAUAUAUAUUAUUAAUAUAAUACCUAUUAUGAUAUUAUAUCGUUAUGUUAUUGUAUCGCGUAUUGUGUAUCUCACGUGUGUCGUUAGUUGCGGUUUUUUCGGUGAUUAUGUGGGUGGUGGGUGCCGACUGUGAUUAUUGCAGUGGCGACAGCAUGCGUAGGGAUAUCUUAAACCUUUCGACUUUCGUAUAAAUAACGGCCGCGUCCACAACAAACGUAUACUUCACCGUCGUAUCUCCACAGAUCAACAACAGCUCGAGUUCAAUAUAAUAUUUUAACAACACAUAAUAUUAUAUUAUCAUCCAAUUUGUUGUUGACUUUUCGACUCUCGAUUUUGUCUAGCCGUCGUUGUACGUUUGCGAAAAAGUUUAUAUCUUUUAUACUUAACUUACCUAUCAGCCGCAGCUACAGUGUCUUAACUUUCAACUCCGCGCACUUGUUGGAUUCGUCGAAGCAUUCUUCAGUCAACUCUAAUACUAUAUAUAUCAUAUAUAUUCACCAAUUCAUCAUGAUCGGAGUACUCGCAAUUGUUUUCGCGGUCCAAGCCACGGCGGUGCUGGCCGGCGGCGCCCGGUACCCGUCCGGACUGAACCCGGCCCUAUGUCCCAAUUAUCCGCACUGCGACAACGUGCUGUUGGCCGCGUACGCCCAACCGGGAGCCGGCAACGAUUACAACGACCAUUACACCAACAACAACAACGCCGGCCAGUAUUACGGUUCCGGUUACCAGCACCACCCGUCCGAGGCGUCCAACUACCACAACAACCAGCCACAUGUCCCAGCACCGUACACCGAGCCCGGCUACCCAGCGGGCCUCUCGUCGUCCAACUGCCCUAACUACCCGUACUGCUCGCACCAGGUGCCGGCCGAGGCGCUCAGGUACGCGCACAAGAGAUACCCCGCCGGCGUCAGCCAGCAGAACUGCCCCAACUACCCUUACUGUCACUAAAGAUCCGUUGCCUAUAAUAUAUUAUAACAAUAAUAUUACUUCAAGGGCGAUAUAUGAAUAUUAUGUAUAAUAUUAUUAUCAUUUGUAUUUAGUAAUGAUGACGCUCACCCUGCAAGCACCGAGUUUAUGUUAAUUUUAUAUACCUACAGUAGAUUCUUAUUAUUUUGACGAACUCAAUUGAAAUCCCCUUACAAAUAAUAUUACCAUUCCAAUAAAACUCGAUAUUGAGCAACUUUUAUCUGCAGUGUCUCUUGAGUUUAGACAUAACGUGUGUUUACUGUAUAUAAAUACAUUAUACUUCGGUA